AGGGAAAAAGGAAGAAUAAGGGAUAAGGAUACAACAGAAAUGGCUACAUUUACCAUUGUUUUUAGUUUUUUGUAAAUUCUAAAAAUAUUCAGUUGUAAAAAAGAAAUCGGUCACUUGCAGCACCAUUUUGCAGCCCUCGUUUUAGAAUAAAAACAAGAAAGGCCACGGGGAAACUUGCAUCGCGAAUUUGGCCUACACACACACACGCACACACACACACACAUUUUUUAAGGUUUUCCGAUCCGAAUCAGUUUCUUUGGAAGACCAUAGAGGUUCCUUGAGAUCCCCACAAGAUGGAGCGGUAUUUGAGCCGCCGCGAAAGUGGCUUCCACAUCCACGGUGGCGACGAGAACUUCGUGAUGCGGCGGAUAUACAGCUCCAUGAACAUGUUCAACAGCUACCACGCCAAUUGCAAACCCAUGGAGGCGGGUCGCACCGGGGCCAUCUUCAAUCUGGAGUUCAAUGCCGACGGCAAUGUGGUGGUGGCCGCCACCGAGAGGAAGUGCGUCCUGGUCUUCGACGCCAUCACACAGAAGGAGAUCUUUAAGGUUCCCGACGCGCACACGGAUAGCGUGAACUGUAUCAAAUUCUUCGACGAACGAUUGUUUGCCACGGGCUCCGACGACUUCACCGUGGCCCUCUGGGAUCUGCGGAACAUGAAACAGAAACUGCGCGUCCUGCAUGGUCACUCCAACUGGGUGAAGAACAUCGAGUACUCCUCCAAGGACAAGCUACUGGUCAGCUCCGGCUUCGACGGCAGCAUCUUCACCUGGGACAUCAACUCGCAGACGGAGCAGGGCCUGAUCUCGCAGCGCGUCUUCCACGCCAGCGGCCUGAUGCGGUGCCGCAUUUCGCCCACCGGAGACAAGCUGGUCCUCUGCACCAGCGGUGGCUACAUCAUGAUCAUCCAUCACCUCGACCUCACCACGCUGCACAAGGAUCUGUGCGGAUUCAGGCCCGGUAUCUAUAGACUGAUGCAGUUGGGCGAACAGUACAUCCCACAGGCGGCCAAGUACGACCAUGUGUUCUCCCGGCGCCAGAAGAAGAACCGCGUGGAACUGGUCACGGACUUCCCGGAGCAGAAUGACGCCGAGAUGAUCAUGGCCUUGCAGAUCCACCCGCACUGUCGCUGCAUGCUGACCCGGAACGUCAGCUGCGACGAGCAGAGCGAGUGGACCUGCAUCCAUGACAUCAACGAGGAGCCGGUGCGGAGCAGCGAGGACGAGCGGGAUGAGGAGGAGGAGCCGCAGCCCAAGAAGAAACGUGUAUCCACAACGACGACGGCCAGUCGCAGCAGCCUAAACGUCCAGGAUCAGGACACGGAUGGCCCGCCGCCCAGGCAGCCGCGGCGACCGCUGCGCAUGGGCACCGUUCAGGUCUUCCAUUUGGAUAACCCAGGAACGGGACGACUGGCCUCGGCCACGGCGCCAGCCUCGCCGCGUUCCGACACCUUCAUACCGGACAUCUGGGCGGCGGAGGUCACCGUCCAGGAGCGUGCCAUCCGGCAGAACCGGGCGCGCAACUCCAACAACCAAGUGAGCGGCUACAACUUUGUGUAUGCCAUCAGCAGCGGAGUCCUCCCGCUGCGACCUUCGAUGGCCAAUCGCCUGAUGGUCAACAGCAGCAGUGGUCAUCGCCAGCUGGGCACCCCGCCGCCAACGGAGAACAACCAGAGCAGCAGCAGCAGCAGCAGUAGCUCCAGCAGCAGCAGCAGCAGCUCCAGCAGCAGUAGCUCCAUCAGCGCCAUCAGUACCAACAGCGACACCACGGUGCGCCUGGAGAUCGGCCAUCGGCUGCGCCUGCGACCCUUCAUCCCUAGUCAUGCGACGGCGGCCACGGCCAAGGAGAACGGCCAUUCCAUACUGGUGAAUGCCAAGAAGCUGCUCUACUAUGCCGCCGAGACGAACACCAAGCCGGGAUUCAUCAAGGAGCCGGGUUUCUCGGCGGACGGCAGGAUCGUGUGCUCGCCGUACGGCAACGGAGUGCGAUUGCUGGGCUACAGCGACGAUUGCUGCGACUAUCCCAGGUGUCACGCCUUCGAGGAGGUCAAGCGGCAGCCACGGAAGCUAAUUGAGCUGGCCAAGAUCACGGAGCACCAGGACGUCGUGCUGUGCGCCAAGUUCAGCCCCAGGGAGCCGCUCCUCGUAACCGGCUGCAAUGGCGGCGAGGUGACCUGGUAUCGUCCCAAUCUCUAGACUUCAGUUGAGCCAGCCCGCUCGUUUGACCCUCUCCCAAGAAGAACCUCUUGGCGAUAAAUACAAGCAGUAAGAUUUAUGGUGAACCGA